AUGCGCCUCCGACAGCAACGGCUUGACAGUGCCGAGGACACCCAUCAUAGAUCGCAUUGCUCAUUAUGGCGGCCGAACCCACCCUACCAGCACCGUAGUCGUCGAUCAGGCCUCUGGGGCCUUACUCGAGAAGCCCGCCUGGCCGCCCCGCUGACGGUAAUGCGGUAUCAAACUCGUAUCAAGCAUGCUAGUCUUCUGCAGUUCAUGUUGUCACAGACUGGAAUCCCAAUGCCUAUUCUCAGUUCCAUAUCGGCAGUGUCCGAUCUUCAUAGGUAUUGCCGUCGGCAGCUAGGAGGGCUGCCUGGAACCUUUUCUACAACAAACCCCGAAGGAGUCAAGAAGGCAGGAUGGCCUUGGAACAGCAGUGAGCUGCGGCAAGGCUCUGAUCUUGAUUUGGAGCACCAACAUCUCAGGUAUGCAAGGAGAAUAUACUGCGCACCGACUGGGCGGGAAGAGCUCGCGAUUGGGUUCAUGAUUCUCGUGGUGUCAACAGAUAUACUAUUCCGUCUCGGCGGUUCAGCAGGUUGCCUGACACUCGGCCACAUUCCCAAAAAGCCACGAGUCCGACGGACAGCUUCGGUAGUCGGGUGGGUCCGUAUAGACUUACGCAAGCAGUCUACAGAUGCAGGCUUGUUGAAACAAACGAAUGCAUGCUCUGUGAUCAAUUCGGGCCUGAUAGAUGGUAUAUAUGUGCUUACUCCUGCCACGCUCUCUGGCACCAUUGCUCAGGUCUCGGAGCUUGCACACGUUUUGCAUACCAUGGGCAUACAUGUGAAGACAACUGAACGAAGAUGGUUGCACGGGCUCCCCAAGGCCACAGCGACCAAAGACGUUGCAAGAGAGACGAUCAAACUUCACGUGGACCCCCAGCACACACAGUCAGUCUCGGAUAAUGGGUCCGGCAACAGUGGCGCCAAGAUGCGCAUGUGUUGCUCGCGCACAGCUUACGUAGGCCGACUUGAUGCCAUCAAAGCCAUCACCAACAUUGCGAAAAAGCACAGUAACGUCGACGCCAAAACUCUCCAACUGUCCACGUGGGGGAGACCGGUCUCCUUCCCUAAGCCCAUCAUCGACAUACUCUCUACGGGAAGAGAGUGUCCACGUCAGCCGUCGUCGCAUCACAGAGCAGCAGCAGUCAUGAGAUUCAACAUCUUCCACAUCCUCGGUGAUCUUUCGCACACUUCGUCGAAACUCAUCCUGAUAUGGGCGAUACAUCGGAACAGCAGUGCAGAGGGUGUAUCUCUCAUCACCCAAGUCCUCUAUGCGCUGGUAUUUGCGACUAGAUAUCUCGAUAUCUUUACUUCUUCGGCUACCAAGGAUGGUUGGCAUACAUGGAACUUCUCGCUCAAGAUCUUCUACACACUGUCUUCACUAUACAUCAUCUUUCUGAUGACCAGCGUAUAUGCACGGACACGCGAACGAGAAAAGGCCUGGAAACUUGGCAUGUAUACCUUGCUGGGCAGUGUCGCCAUCACCCCCUUCUGGUACCUCAUCUUCCACAAAUGGGUCAUCGGCCCCAAUGCCUUUCUAAAAAUCCUAUGGGUCUUCUCCGAAAUCCUCGAGUCGGUUUGCGUCAUUCCGCAACUCCUUCUCCUGCGCCAAACCACCGUACCUACCGUCAUAGACUCCUUCUACCUUGUCACACUCGGAACAUACCGCUUCAUGUAUGUUCUCAAUUGGAUUGUGCGCGGCGCCAACGAAGAGGGCUACGCAGACCCAACAAGCUGGGUCUGGGGCUCGGUCCAGACAGCCCUCAUGAUCGAUUUUGCAUGGGUAUACUGGACGCGCCAGCGCGUCAAGCUCCGACAUGGUGGUGUCGUUGAUUCAGACGACCUCAGUCGCGGCUGGCUCGUGGGACGCCUGAUUGGCAGGAAAGCCGUUGAUUUUGACUUUGACGAGGAAGCCGGACGAGGUGAAGACACGGUGCAGCCGAAGAACAGGUGGGGAAGGCGCGGUAUAUCGGUCUCAGCGGAUGACGAUGUCGAAGGGGCGCCGCAGAGAAAUACAGCCCAAGGAAGCAACUUGGAUCCUGAAAGUCAGCCGUUGGCCGAUCCGGCAGCUUUCGAGGAUGAGAGUGAUGAUGAUGCGCCGCCUCCUGCUGCCAGUGCCUCGAGUGUCGAGCACGAGAGUGGAGUGAGAGGGGACGAGUGGGCGGAUGAUCUGGAUGAGGAUGCAACGGAGCAUGACGGAUCUGCCAAACCCACAUGA